UAUUAGAUAUUAUACGACCGUUGAGUGAAUAUUUAAUUACACAAUGAUACGACGCUAGCAGUCCAGGUUUAAAUGGUCGAAGCGCAAGUUACUCUUAGAAUUACUAUCGCAAUUUACUAUUUCGUAUAAACUACCCUUUAAGUAAUAAAAGCAUCAAUGACUGUUACCUACAUUUGUAGUUGGCUGUGUUGUAUCGAUACAUUCAAUAAGUCACUGACAUCGAUGUCAUAGUCUAAAUUAACAAUUAAUUUGUUCUUCCGUGUAAUGAAUAUAUGGCUAGCGAAGUAUUCUACGAUUCUCUGGAGGGAGAACACUCGACUCCGUCAGACAGUCCUUCUGAUAAAGCUGUGAGUAGCAUCACCGGAAAUGAUAAUUUGAUAGUUAUCGAAAAUGAGGUAGUAAACUUGUCCUCAAGCUCUUGCGUAUUGGUAAUCAAAUAUCCUCCAAAUCAUUCAUCACAAUGUUCAAGAAAAAGUUCAAAUUCAAGUUUAAAAAGCGAGUUUGAAAGGAAAUGUUCCUUAAAUUCGGCAAGAUUAGACCAUCCGCGUGAUAUUUCUACUUUGGUACCAUUAUAUUCGGGAGAUAUAGAUAAAUUUGGUAUAAAAUGCAGAAAAUGCUGUUCGACUCCUUCUCAAAAGCCUCAAGGCACUGACUGCUUCGUACAUGAUGAGAAAGUACGUACUGGUAGUUCUAAAAAAUGCGAAACAUCUAGAAAGAAACUAAUUAAGUGCAGAAACACAAAAAUGUCUAGCAAAGGUUCAGAAAUCUUCAUUCCUGAAGUACGGUCCCGGUCAUACUUGACAAUGUUCCACAGGCGUAUCGGUUAUCCUGAACAAACGCCAAACAUUGAUAUAAAGGACACGCAAAGAUCGGUCUUUGGCGACACUAAGAGAAGUUUGAUUAGUUUAACAUCAAAUGAAAACGAGCAGUUUCGUGAUGCUGAAGAUUGUCAAUCGGAUACUACAAGCUUUUACAUGAAAGCAAUUACAGAAUCUAACCAAAAUAAAAUAGGCAGUGGCGAUGCUAAUCAAUCUCCUGCAAUUGUCGCACCUCCACCUAGUAGCACUUCGGAGAUAUUUAGUUGCACGACUCCCACAAGAUGCGCAAACAAGAGCAAGAGACGCGUAAACAAAUUGUAUCCUAUUCCUGAUAUGGGAGGCUUGGGUGCUGACACUGUUCGAUUUAAGGAUAAAAUGGAAUUAAGAAAACGUCAAUUACAGUAUGGACAAAGAGCGAGUAAUAGGAAUAGAAUUAAAUUAAAAGAAUUGGACAUUUUAAAAAAUUUGAAAAACGAAAUCGCGGAGUCAAAUGCUAUAAAUAACAAAAAUGUGCAUUAACG